AUGAAACUUCGUCCUUCACAUUUGCUGUGCUGGCAACAUUAUAUUUGACAGCUGGUCUUGUGCGAACGUAGUUCUCAGUUUUGUUAGUUUUUGUGUAACAAUUUCUCAACAAUUUCUUUGAGAAGACAUCCUGAGACGACAAAAAGUUAACAAUAUGGAAAAACCAACUGUUACCGAGCAACCGCCACCUUAUUCUGCAGCAGCUUUCCCAGGUCCUCCGCCGCAGCCGGCUGGUGCUCCGGGCGCGCCAUACCCGCCUCCGCCGCCCGGGUACACGCCGUACGGAGUGCCGCCUCCAGGUACCGGGUUUGUGCCCAACUAUGGGGCUACUAACAUCAUAAUACCACCCCCUAUAAUUGCCGUGGGAGCGUGUCCCGCGUGCCGUGUCGGUAUCCUUGAAGACGACUUCACGUGUCUGGGUAUAUUAUGUGCUAUACUAUUCUUCCCUCUAGGGAUCCUAUGUUGCCUGGCACUCAAAAAUAGAAGAUGUUCCAAUUGUGGAGCUCUGUUUGGAUAGGAACCGAUGUGACAGCUUGUUAAAUGUUUUGAUUAAGAUGUUGAAUAUUGAAAGGUUUAUGAAUGUAAUAAUGGUUACUGUUUAAUAUUAACUGCGUUGUUUAUGUUAAAAUGUAAUGUUUUCAAUCAACCUUUCUUUAUGGACACAGUAAAAUGUAGCUAAUUAUGCAAACUGACUAUGUUUUAACAUAAGCAAGGUCAGUUUUUCUACUUUUUAAUUUUGCAGCAUAUAAACAGCAAACUGCUGGUAACAAUAUCAACUAUUAUUCAAGGUCAAUUACAUAAUGUGAACCAGUGUUACGGAAAAUAAUAAUUAUGUUUUCCGAUAUGCAUAAAUACUUGUAUGUUGUAAACAGUGACCAACUUAUAGAGACUGUAGAACUAAAAGUGAACAAAGACAAGGAAAGCAAUUAACUAGAAAUUAGUAUUGUUUGCGUUUCCUAUUUAAUGACUGUCCAAAUUUAUCUGUUAACAAUUUUUUAUGUAGUCAAAAAUUAAUUUAGUAUUUGUUGGGGCAGUCAAAUGAUAAAGCAUCUAUAAGAAUGUGAACAAAGUCAACUCCAGGACACAUUGCUAGAUAUUAAUAUGACAAGGCCGCAUGGAGUUAAAUUACACAUUCAAUACAAGUUUGUCGGAAAGUAUCCUUGCUAUAUGAUAUAACUUUAUUGAUUGCAAUGUUCCAAAGUUGACAAUUAUGCUAUCAUUUAUUUGAAAAUAAAAAUCUUUAAGUAUUUUUUGGCAACUACAAUACAUGGUGUAAUGUUUUGCGAGUGGCUGUAAAUAAAAUCACAACUAAAAAUAAAAACAACAGAUUAAGUGUUUGCUUUUUCUAAAUGAUGAUGAGAAAUUAAGCAUAACACAGCUAAUUGCUGUAGUAAUUAAUUUAUUGACUUAACAUUCGGUUAAAAACAAACCUUAACAAAAAAUAUGAUGAAAUAUGUUAAUACACAUCAUCAUAUUAUAAUAAACAACAUGAAAAUAAGACAAAUAGCAGAUAAAACUUUAAACAAUUCAGUGUUGCCAUAAAAACGAUAAAUAAAAAUAUUACAUCUGUACUAAAUGUGAUUAUUAUUCUAGUUUCUUUAGCUUUGUAAAUAACAUUGAUUUCAAAAUUAUUCAUUAAUCAAAAACUUUAAUUUUAAUGUAUAAUUUUUAUGCACUCCAGUUUCUUGCUUAAUGUCUAUUCUAACUUGCCUAAGCGUAUAGUAAGAAAAAGAUAAAUAUAUUUGAGAAUUAAUUUCAAAAGUAAUAAAGUGCCAUCUUGGUACAUUUCGAGGUCUACAUAGUGAGUCAAAAGACCUCUGCUACGUAAAACAUUUAAAUAUGCCCAAGGCGUAUGGAUAAUCGAAAUAAAUUAAUUUUAUUGAAUUAUUAUCAUUAGCAUAUCAUAUAGAAUAUUAUAGGUUGAAUAUAUUAUUAUUUGAAAAAGUAUAUAGUGUAACAAAAUAAGCGUAAAAUAUAGACAGCACUCUAGUAUUUCUAAAAAAUGUUUAGCUAAACUGAAGAAAAAAAAUCAUAUACUUUAUGCCUUAUGAGUGCCAUUACAAAAAAUAUAUAAUUAAACCAAUGUUCAGCUUAGCAAUUAAUUUCUUUUCAAUGUAAUUUCUAUGAUGGCGUAAUUUUAUUUUUUUCCAAUAUUGUAUCGUAAAUACAUAUUUUGCUACAUCUGUUUAAUAUAAUAUUCCUAAUUUAAGGUCUACAGUUUGGAUUCUGAUUCAAGACAAAGCAUUAUUUUAAUAAAUAGGCUUGAUAUGUAUGACCAUUAUUAUUCUUUGAACUUUUACUGAAUUGUAGACCUUAAUGUACUAACACAAUUUUACAGUUAUUUUAUUAUUAAAUAUUUAAGUCAACAAAUAUCAGCAAUAAGUUUUAAUUUAAUUAUUUAAAUCCUUUAUUCAUUUUUUUUGAAGUAUUGGCAUUUUGACAUCUGUAAAACCUUUUUGGUACUUACAUAAUACUUUAAAAAUGUUUAUGAAUAAAGGGUUAGCCUACAUUUUAGUUUAAAUACCCACUAACAAUAAGAAAUGACUAUUAUAUUAUUUUGUUCUCAAAUUAAUUGGAAAGAAAAGACUUCAGAGCAAUAUGUUUAUUUUAAUGAACUACAAUAUUAAUUUUUUUUUUGAGCCAAUUAGUAAUUAAACAUACUGUGAUUGAUAUCAGCUACUAAACAAUUUCCAGUUUUUUGUCUAUUGGAGUCGAAAACUCAAUAAUUUUGUUUGUGAGACUAUUAACGAAAUUCAUGUCGAAUUGACGCAACAUUGUGCAGUUGAGAUGUUGAUUUAAAACAAAAGAAUAUUAAUUUUAUGGAAUAUUUCUGUGGGUAUUCUUGUAACAUUCUAUAUAAUUAUUACUGGUACAUUGUGGAAUUUUGAAUUCCUAAAGCUGUUCCUUUUGUUGUAUGGAUCAAUUUAUUGUAUCGCGAACGGUAUGAUAGAUAACCGUUAUUUCCAUAGACUUAAGAUCCCACUACCGUUCUUUAUCUAUGGUUAUUCAUACUACUUUUUGUGACAACCCAAGAACGAUACAAAUUGUAAUCUCGUGCCCAUAAUAUAAAUUGUUGGACAGCUUGUAAAGCCUGUCAUAUUUUAAAUUUUAAAUCAACAUUCUCAGCCAUACAAAGUACUGAAUAGGUUAGAUCUAAACUAAUUUUAUGCCACAACCAAACGCCUUUCAUUGACUUGUUGAUAAGUUAAACGUUUUGAAUAAGUGAUCGUUUGAAAGAUCUAAGUAUAUGUAUACAUAAUUAUAUAAUUAUUAUUAAAGUAUAGGUUUUGCAUUAAAGUUUGGGAAUAA